AGAUUCAAAGUCAUGUUACUCUGCUAAGCAGCAUAUUGUUACUAGCUUCCUGUGUGCUGGGCAUAGUGUCUUAAUGAUUUGGAGAAGUAAAAAAGUGUAUUCCAAUAACCUUUGUUUAUGUCUUUAUGCUGUAAUGUUAAGGGUUCCAAUAGCAAAGCGUGCUUGGACACCCAGCCUGCCAAUAGCUUCAUCACAUAUUCCACUAGCUGUACAAAUUUACUUGGAUCUGUGAAAAUACAAAAUAGUUACAUCGAUUUUUUUUAAGAUGCUGACUGCAUAAGGAAGAGUUACAAGAGUUCUUGCUCAACAAGUGCUUGUUAUAGUUAAGUGUUUUCUGCUUUUCUAAAGAAUCCAACCACCUUAUAAACAAGAUUUACCAGUGCAUCAAUAAAAGGUUAACUUGAAUAAGGUAUGCUAUACAUUUGUGCAUGUGUAGAGUAUGAUGUACAUUUGUACUUACUAAUAGUAAAAUGUACAAAUGUGCGACAUAUCUCUUAAUUAUUUUUUGAAUAUUUGUUUUUUCGUAUUUUUAGCUAUAUUACUCAUUUUUUAAUGAAUGGCUCCUAGGGACUCAAACUGAACCCUGCAGCAGCGCUCCUCUGAACGAGGUGGAGUGUAGGACCUGGCGGCCGUCGCGGUACAAUAGAUGUGUUGUGCGUGGUGGUGCUGCUGGAGAUUGCAACCCUUGAAAUUCCUAGGGUGGCAGAAUAAAGCAACCAAAUUCAAUUAAAAGGCUAUAACCAACGGCUCUAUUUGUAAUAUCCACUUUGCCAAACGGAAUACGACGUCAUCUGGACGGGAUAAAACGCGUUAUACAAUGCGAACAUAAGAUAAGAGAAGUUGUCGUGGGGUUAUCAGUGGAGCCGUUUAGCAUGCCAUUCGAUGUAAAAUUUAUGGAUGCUACAGGAUGAAACGUAUCAGGACCUCCAGCAGCAGUGACAGCUCUGACAAUGAAAGUCCUUCCACAUCAUUCUGCUCCACCAACAAGUAUGGCAGCAAGCCGGGAACCCCCGCCUGCAGCCAGAAGAAGCCGGCAGAAGUGUUCAGGAAGGACCUGAUCAGUGCCAUGAAGCUGCCCGACUCCCACCACAUCUCCGCCGAGGACUACUACCUCCUCGCCGACACCUGGAGGCAGGAGUGGGAGAAGGGGGUGCAGGUGCCCGCCAGCCCCGACACCGUCCUCGAACCCUCCGUCAGGAUCAUCGCGGAGAAGCCCAAAGAGAUUCUGUACACGCGGCCCAAGAAGUACUUCCGCUGCUGGAGUCAGGACGCCACGGAGAUGGGCUACGUCAACAUCAACAAGCUGGCGGAGGACAUGUGUCGCUACGACCUGGACGACACCGACCUCCACUGGCUCCACACGCUCAACACAGAGCUGCUGCACAUGGGGGAGGGGGCCGUGGACGAGCUGACUGUGGAGCGGGCGCUGGAGGCCCUGGAGAGGCAGUGUCACGGCAACAUGAGGCACGCCAUCGAGACGGUGGAGGGGCUGGGCAUCGAGUACGACGAGGACGUCAUCUGCGACGUGUGCCGCUCCCCCGACAGCGAGGAGGGCAACGACAUGGUGUUCUGUGACAAGUGCAACAUCUGCGUGCACCAGGCGUGCUACGGCAUCGUGAAGGUGCCCGUGGGGAACUGGCUGUGCAGGACGUGCGUGCUCGGCCUGGAGCCCCAGUGUCUGCUCUGCCCCAAGAAGGGCGGCGCCAUGAAGGCCACGCGGGCCGGGACCAAGUGGGCCCACGUCAGCUGCGCCCUGUGGAUCCCCGAGGUGAGCAUCGCGUGUCCAGAGAGGAUGGAGCCCAUCACCAAGGUGUCCCACAUCCCUCCCAGCCGCUGGUCGCUCAUCUGCAGCCUCUGCAAGCUGAAGACCGGGGCCUGCAUCCAGUGCUCGGUGAAGAACUGCACCACGCCGUUCCACGUGACCUGUGCCUUCGAGCAGACCCUGGAGAUGAAGACCAUCCUGGACGAGGGCGACGAGGUGAAGUUCAAGUCCUACUGCCUGAAGCACAGCCGCUCCAAGACCCCCGGCGCCGCCGCCGAGCCGGGCCUGAGCCCCGCCCGGCCCAAGCCCGUCCCCACGGAGACGGAGAAGGUGGGGCUGCGGGCGCAGCGGCUGCGGGAGCUGGAGGAGGAGUUCCACACGCUGAUCCAGCCGGGGGAGCUGGCCCGCGACCUGGGCGUGGCCGAGCCCCUCAUGGACUUCAUCUUCCAGUACUGGAAGCUGAAGAGGAAGACGAGCUUCAACCGCGCGCUGCUGCCCCCCAAGGAGGAGGAGGGCAACCUGCUGGUGCAGCCGCAGGAGGACAGCAUCCACACGCGCAUGCGCAUGUUCAUGCACCUCCGACAGGACCUGGAGAGGGUGAGGAACCUGUGCUACAUGGUGAGCCGCAGGGAGAAGCUGAAGCUUUCUCAGAGCAAAGCUCAGGAGCAGAUGUUCAACCUGCACAUCAAACUCCUCAACCAGGAAGUGACUGCAGGCGUUCCUUUGUCCUUCCCCAUCGAGAGCCUCCUGUUCCACCCUCCGCCCCGGAUCACGCUGAAGCUCAAGAUGCCCAAAGCCCAGCUGCUGGGCAACGGCAAGAGCAGCUCCAAGUCGGGCAACGGGCCCCUCUGUCCGGAUAACAGCCUCAACGUCCACGAGCAGGGGCCCGCCGUGGUCCCCGGGGGCCUGGGCCUGGGCAAGCCCCAGCUGCACAGCCGCGGCAGGCGGGAGGAGCGCUCCAACGGCCUCCCGCCCACCUCCUCGUCCUCGUCCUCCUCGUCCUCCUCGUCCUCCGGCCACCGGGAGGCCAACGCCGUCUCCAGCAGCACCUCGGCGCCCGCCAAGCCCGGCAGCGGGAAGCCGCUGGCGCUGCACGCCGCGCUCCACGGCCAGCACGCCUCCAACGGCAAGCCCCCGAAGCCCGCCGACGCGGAGCGCAGGGGGCCCGGGGGCGGGGGCAAGGCCAACGGCCUCGCGGAGAGGUGCGUGGCCCAGAAGGACAUCUCCUGCCAGACGCCCGGCGGGGAGCAGGGCGCCCCCCUGGCCGAGGCGCUGUGCCGCGGCGGCCAGCCGGCGGGCUUCCGCAAGGCGGGCAUGGAGCACUUCAGCCGCUCCUUCAAGGAGGCCACGGUCAGCCUGGUCCGCAGCGCGGAGGACCUGCGCGGCCCCGACCGGCUGGGCCGCAAGUCGUCCUCCUCUUCCUCCUCUUCCUCCUCCGCGGCGAAGGAGCGGCUCUGGCCCAAGCCGGCGUCCUCCUCCUCCGAGCCGCCGCCCAACGGGGCGCGCUCGCGGCGGGAGACGGACGGCUACUGUCCCGACGCGGAGCUCAGUGACUCUGAGUCGGAGGUCAAGGGCCGCCACAGACAGAGGAGGGGGCCCAAGUCGCCGGCGCCGGCCCCCGGGGCGCCCCUCCCCCCGCCCUCCACCCGUGGCACACCGGCCGUGGCGUCGAGAGGCGCGGCUCAGAGGUGACGGCCGUGACGGGGGGUCUAGCGACCGCCACGGCUGCGACACGGCCUCUCCCGGAGGGGGUCGCCGCCGAGCGCUGCGCCCCCCCCCCCCAGGAUCCGUCGACACUGGCGGUCCGAACUCUGGGUGGGGGGGGGCGGGGUUAAGGGACCAUAGAUGCUAUCCAGGAAUAGUGAAAGACCGAUGCAUGAUGGGCAGUGUAGGCCGUGAAACAUUGUACUAGAUGUGUCGAGUCGUGUCCCCCCCCCCCCCCCUCCCCUGUGUCUGGCAUGGGCUCGGGCCGACGGGCCUCGACCCCAGAGGCUGAUGUACAGGCCCGAUUUUUCUUAGCUAGACAUUUGUAAACACACCCUUUUCGAAUUUGCAUUAAACUCCAAAACAACUCCACAAACUCCGGAAGUCCUCCUACACAAAGGAUAGGUUUGCCUUUGAACAGCUUUUGACUGCUGUUGUACAUAUGUUCACUGGCCACUGAAGCGGGUUGGUCUGAACUGGAAUGUAGAUCAUUUGUUGUCACAGAGUCCCAAGAGAGGAGGGUGAUUUGAAUGCGCUGAAUACGUACAUCACAGGGGCGGGGGGGACCAUUCGAGCAGAUUGUACCACACCUGAUUAGUCACAGUGAAGGACUUCCUCGUACCCUCUCCUAGUCUCCUUGAGAUUCUCCUAUCUGACAUAUCUUACCGAGGUAUAUAUGCUGGAAUACAAAUGUGUACCAAAUGUUCUGCAUUCCCAGGGAAAUGCAACUACACCGUUCAGAGUCAGGUAUGAGGUGUGGAUGGACUAUAUAUUUCCAGCUGUAUGCACUACUUUCUCUGCAGUGGGGAAACCAGACUCGUUUAAGGUGAAGAUAACAAACGUAGCUAUACUCUAAAAGAAAACUGGCUAGAGUUAUGGGGGUGUCUUCCUUCUGCUGACUGACUUUAUCGGAGACCGGCUCCAGCACCACCUUUCCAUAAUAAACGGUUCCAUGGGCCUUCUUCACCUGGCAGCCAUCUUGGUUCUUAACUCUUGCUGGAAAAGGGAACUCGGGGAACUGAAUGCGCAUUCGGCAGCCAUCUUGGUUCUAACUGCCAGCAGGGAGGUCCCAUCCAGCUCGCGCUGAGAACCAGGAUGGCCGCUCGGUGACUAAGGCCCAUGGAGCACUUCAAGAUGGUAACUAUUUGAGGUAAUAAUAAAAAGAGAAACUUUUAUCUUUUCCAGUUAGACUUUUUUGACCCCACUUAUCUUCCAUUAUUAUGGCUUACAUUGCCAGCAGUUUCAAAGUGUUAAAGUGGGAUGACAUGUUACAGUAUUUUUGUUUAUUCGUAUUUUUUCAACGAAUGCCUUGUCAAGACUCCUUUUUUCUUCGUUUUUUUAAAGAGCAAACUCGCAGAACCGCAUUUUUCAUUUGGCUGAAAAAAACAGUUUGUUUAGAUAAACUUCUGGAUGGCGCCCAAUGCACACAUGUGGUCUAGUUGUUCUGUUCCAUCGGCCCAUCAUACUAGCGGAUCACAGCGUUUAUCAACACGCAACAUGUGCCAAAACGUAAACUGUUCAAGAUACAGACUAAUAUAUCGUUAUCUUCGAACCUCUCUAAGGUGGUCACAAGCAUUUCUCCAUGUAUAAAUGACUUUGGUUUGUGGUUUGCCAGUUUGCGACACAUUUGAGAACUAUUUUCCAACCCGAAGAGAAAUAAAGUAGUACAGAUACUUCUGUUUUUGUAUACGAUCAUACUAAUAACCUGUUCUACUGUGAACUUUCUGCCUGGAGCCAGCGACAAACACUACAUCCUGACGGGGACUGUCAACCGCAGAGGGAAAUAUUCAGAGCUACACGUUUUACUGUCAGAAAAGGACCUAAUAAUUGUAUUUUCUUUUUUUAAGUACAUUUUUAAAUAAAUUGUGAAAAUGCAAUAUUC